AAUCAAGUAGCCGUGCAUGCGGAUUUGUGUCAAAGUCGGCAGGCAGUUUUGUUUAUGGAGAAAGGAAAAGGAAAUUGAACAGAUGUUAAAUCUCAUUGAACAGGACAGUGCUUCUCCUCGUAAUUUGAAUUUGUAUAUACGCUGAGUUGGACAAGGAUGUACCCAACCUCCUGUGACACAUUUGUAGCCUUGCCCCCAUCUACUGAGGGUCAGCGGAUAGUCUUCGGGAAAAACUCGGACAGACCCUGUGAUGAAGUUCAGGAGGUGGUCUACUUCCCUCCCAAAGACCAUGAAGCAGACGAUAAAGUUGAGUGUACAUAUAUAGAGAUAGAGCAGGUGGCUCACACGUAUGCAGUGGUUCUGAGUCGCCCCGCCUGGCUGUGGGGGGCAGAGAUGGGGGCAAACGAGCAUGAGGUGUGCAUCGGGAACGAGGCGGUGUGGGGGAAAGAGAGUGUGGAUGGUGAAGAAGCUCUCCUGGGCAUGGAUCUUGUCAGGCUUGCUCUGGAGAGAGCCAAAACUGCUGAACAGGCUGUAGACGUGAUAACAGAUCUGCUGGAGAAAUACGGUCAGGGAGGGAACUGUAUGGAGGAUGUGUGUGGAUUCAACUACCAUAACAGCUUCCUCAUAUCAGACCGCACUGAGGCCUGGGUGCUGGAGACUGCUGGGAAAUACUGGGCCGCAGAGAAAGUGGAGGCCGGCUAUCGGAACAUCUCCAACGAGUACUCCAUUACGACUAAGAUCGAUAAGGAGCAUCCAGAGUUGAGGACGUACGCACAGGAGCAGCGCUGGUGGAAUGAAAAGGCUCAGUUUGACUUCGCAAAGGUCUACUCCUAUUCAAAUACAGCCCGAAUCGAGGCGGCAGAGGGACGCUACUGUGAGGGCCGCAAACUUCUGAAGAAAAAUGAAGGUCACAUCACAGCAGAGACGAUGAUGAAUAUUUUGAGGGAUAAGGAGAGUGGAAUCAACAUGGAGGGAAUGUUCAUGACCACAGGAAGUAUGGUUUCUGUAGUCCCGAAAGAUCAAAAUUUCCCCGGUGUCCACUUCUUCACUGCUACUCCAGACCCUGAAAGGUCUGUCUUCAAGCCGUUCAUUUUUGUAGUAGACAUAAAGCAGCUGAAGCAUACGUGUUCUCCGUGUUUUGGAGAGGAGGAUCCUGUGAAGAAGAAACCCCGUUUCCAGAGCAAACCCAACCGCAAACACCCUCUGUUUCUGAAACACGAGGUGAUCGCCGCCAUCAUCGACAGCAACAGCGAAAAAGGACAUAAGAUCGAAGAGAAAAUGAGAGCUCUGGAGAAGCAGAAGUUGGCAGAGAUGGAGAAAUAUCUAACUGAGGGCAUUGAUGAUGCAACACAGCUGGUUCAUCUCUUCACAGACACUGUAGAUGAGGAGUUUAGUAUUUACAGCAACGCCUGAGACUGUGUUUAAAAAAAAAAAAAAAAAGUUUAUAAUUAAUUAGAUUAUUGGGUGUUUCUUCAACUAUGGGCACUCUAAACCUGUGGACCCUAAAACACAUUUUGUCACUUGUUUUACUAAAUUGCAGAUGGAUUGGAAUGAAGGCAUAAUAACAAUAUUCAAGUGAUGUGAACUGAAUAUUCAGAACUGAACAUUUCAGGAUUUUUCUCCAUAUAAUGGACUGAUAUGGUGCCCCGAUUUUGAAUUUCCAAAAUGCAGUUUAAAUGUGGUUGUAAACAAUCCCAGUCGAGGAAGAAGGGUCUUAUCUAGCGAAACGAUCUGUUAUUUUCAUAAAAAUAAUACAAUUUAUUUACUUUUUAAUGUCAAACGCUUGUCUUGUCUUACUCUUGCCAACCUGUUUUUUUUUCCGGUUCAUUAAAAAGUUAGGGAAUGUCGAAAAACUCCCAUCACAUGUUCUCCCUCAACUUCAAAAUUUACCUUUUUUGUUAAGGGUGUUUGAUCUUCUUUGCAUGUUCACUUUGCAAAGACUGUGUCGGUACUUCUGCAGCGAUGUAGAUUUUGAAAUGAUUUUUAAAGUUGAGGGAGAAAAUACGAUUGGAGUUUUUCGACAUACCCUAACUGUCUUGAGCCAGAAUACACAGAGUUCAGGGAGAGAAAGACAAGAGCGUUUGAGAUUAAAAAAUAUUUACUUUUUUUAAAAUGAAAAGAUAAGACCCUUCUUUCUUGGCCUGGAUCGUUUACAAACCGCAUUUGGGAUCGUUUGAAGCUGCAUUUAAACUGCAUUUUGGAAGUUCAAAAUCAGGGCACCAUAUCAGUCCAUUAUAUGGAGAAAAAUGCAGAAAUGUCAUUUCUAAUUUCUUUACGACUGAAGAAAGAAAGACAUGAACAUCUUGGAUGACAAGGGGUGAGUACGUUAUGUGAAUCUUUGUUUUGGAAGUGGACUUCUCCUUUAACUAACAUUAUCAAUGAGCUGUACGUUUGUUACAGUAUUGUGUAACCUUUGUCAACAUUAAUUAAUUAAAAAAAUACAACUCAAGUCCAACUGAUUUUAAAAAUGUGUUAGAUAAUGGUAAAAUGAAACUAAAAUUUCUAAGUGCUUUACAAGUUUUUUUAUUGUUAGUUUGUUAACAAAAGGAACCUUGUAAAGUGUGACCUUAAUCUUAAUAUUAAAUCUGUUGGAUCUAGGACAAAGGUAAAACUAAAAUCUACACACAACAUAUAGACAUAAAAGUUCCCAAAGUUGAACAAACACCCUUUUACUGUUGUUGAGAGCUAGUGGGAGAUAUCAUUUGCACAAUCAUUCAGGCACGUCCAUGAUUGUACAGACGUUAAUGGUUUAGUCACAUUGUUGUCAUUUCUGACGUUACAUAAGUAGUGGUAUGUUUUUACCAUUUUAGAGUUUAUGUCAAAGAUCUCAGGUGUGUCUAUCAUGCCUUGUUAUAUUCAUGUGUCAUUGAAUCCAGUGCCAAUUCCAGUAGUUUUCACUAGAGAAUGUCUCUAUGAUCCACAGAUAUCCUAUGCAUUUAUUAAACACUUACAGCUAAGUAAUUAAUUACAAAAGUAUUCACUUUGAAACAUGUUUUAUUGUGAACAUUACGUUUCUAGGACAUACUUACUCACCGCUCUAUUAAAGUAUAUCUGUUCAGAAAAGACUCUCAAUAAAGUCCAUACCCACAAACACAA